AUUGGGUGAGAAUUCAACAGGUACUGAAUCUGUUUUCACGAUAUUUUUCAUGUGAAUUUGGCUUCAAAGGCCACAGUUGGCGUGAACCCAAAAAAGGAAAGGCGGUUCAGGCUAUUUUGCAAGUGUUUUGAGCCUUCAAAACUGUUUCAGUUUCAUUCAACCAAUAAGCAGCCACAUGUGCAACCUACGUGUCGUGUCCUCCCCAUGCAAUCUUGUUAUUGCUGCCACCAAAACACUCUUUCAUGGAUUUCCAUUUCGCAACACUCUCUCUCUCUCUCUCUCUAAAGAGAUGGACCUGAUCAACCAAUUCCUGAACAUUGUUGCACCUCCCACAGCCAUCACCUUGCUCUUGUUCAUCUUGCCUUCGUACUGGUUCUUCAAGUUUCUCGCCUCUAUCCUCAGCUACAUCUUCAGCGAAAACGUCGCCGGAAAAGUGGUAAUCAUCGCCGGAGCCUCCUCAGGGAUAGGCGAGCAUUUGGCUUACGAGUACGCUAGGAGGGGAGCUUGUUUAGCUCUCGCAGCAAGAAGGAAGAACAGUCUCCGCGAAGUAGGAGAGAGAGCCCUAUUACUUGGCUCACCAGAUGUUCUUGUUGUCCCUUCCGAUGUUUCCAAGGUUGACGAUUGCAAGAGGUUGAUUCAUGAAACUAUAAACCACUUCGGGCGGCUAGAUCAUCUGGUGAAUGAUGCUGGGGUCACACCACUCUGUAUGUUUGAAGAACCCUCUGAGAUCACCAAAAUGGCUCCAGUAAUGGACAUAAACUUUUGGGGUUACGUUUACACAACCCGUUUUGCAAUACCGCACUUGAGGAGAAGCAAGGGCAAGAUAAUAGUGAUUGGUUCAUCAGCUUCAUGGCUGUAUGCACCAAGAUUGAGCUUCUAUGCUGCAAGCAAAGCCGCAGUCAUAAGUUUUUUCGAGACAUUAAGGGUUGAAUUGGGGUCAGAUAUCGAGAUUACGAUUGUGAAUCCGGGGCUGAUCGAGUCAGAAAUGACCAAAGGGAAGUUUCUGAACAAGGACGGGCGAAUGGUAGUAGAUCAAGAAAUGAGAGAUGUUGAACUAAGCAUCGUCCCGGUAGAGAGAGUAGAAAGGGGUGCCAAGGCCAUUGUUGACAGUGCAUGCCGUGGUGAAAACUACCUGACUGAGCCAUCUUGGUUCAGAACUACAUUCAUCUGGAGGGUAUUCUGUCCUGAAAUACUAGAUUGGCUAAACCACGUGUUUUUAAUCCCUCCACCAGGGGCCCCACCGACAGAGGCGCUUAGCAAGAAGAUCCUGGACCUAACUGGACUGAAGAAGUAUAUAUAUCCGCCAUCUCUCCUUUCUCCAGUGAUUAAAGUUGGUUAAGACAUCUAAGUCUUUUAAGUGCCUUAUUCCGUGUGAAUUCUAGGCUUGUCAUGUGAUUUCAAGACAUGUAGGAUCCAGCAGAAAUUCGAUACUCUUUAACUGCAUAGAGAUUCUAAUUUCUAAGAGAGGCUUGAUAUCAAGGGGCUAUUUGUCGAUGUGAUUAAAAAGUUUCGGUUGUAAGAGGACAAGUACGUUGAAUACCUGUAAUGAAACUCUUUAGCUGUAUAAUCCGGCGGAGUCACUUCGCAGCUUAUUCCUCU